UACAGGAGUCCAUCAAAUUUCCAUUCAUUUUCUCUCUGUUUCAUUUCAUUUCUGCGGUUCCCUCAACCUUCCUUUUCCUGCUCCAAUUUUCUUGCACGCUUUCUCCUCUCUCUCUCUCUCUCUCUCUCUCUCCUCUUUGUUUCUUUCUGUCAGACGAACCAAUGGGAGAAGUAGUUCCAAAGUCGAUGAUUACACACAAUUACUCAGAUUCUCGAGUUUCAACUAAGAAUAUCAAAGAUAAUGUACACGGAUUCAUACAUGUCGAUUCGCUCGCACUGGAGUUCAUUGAUACCAAGGAGUUCCAAAGGCUACGUGAUCUAAAGCAGCUUGGGGUCACACACCUGGUUUACCCUGGGGCCGUGCACUCUCGGUUUGAGCAUUCACUCGGAGUGUAUCAUCUUGCUGAGGAAACGGUGAAUGAAAUCAGGAAAUACCAAGGUUUGGAGCUUGACAUAGAAAAGUUUGAUGUAAAUACAGUCAAACUUGCUGGACUACUACAUGAUGUUGGUCAUGGUCCAUUCAGUCACAUGUUUGAGAGUGGGUUUCUUCCCAAGGUUCUAAACGGUGCUAAAUGGUCUCAUGAGGAUAUGUCUGAACAAAUGGUUGAUCACAUAGUUGCUGAGAACUACAUAGAUAUGGAUGAAGAUAUGUUAAAAAGAGUGAAGGAUAUGAUCGUUUCCAGCACAGCACGCGGCUCAGCAAAUGUAAAGAAUGUUGAGAAGAGGUUCCUAUAUGAUGUUGUUGCUAAUGGACGCAAUGGCAUUGAUGUUGAUAAAUUUGACUAUAUUGUUCGUGAUUCUCGGGCUUGUGGUCUUAGUUGUAGUUUUCAGUUUGAGAGGUUACUGCAGACAAUGCGAGUCAUGGAUAAUGAAAUUUGUUACCGAGCCAAGGAAUAUCUUACUGUACACAAGUUGUUCGUGACCCGUGCUGAUCUGCAUCGAACUGUCUAUACACAUGCAAAAGUGAAGGCAAUUGAGCUCAUGGUCGUAGAUGCAUUGUUGAAAGCAAAUGACCAUCUGCAAAUUAUUUCUAAGGUUAUGGAUCCUGCUGAAUUUUGGAAGUUGGAUGACACAAUCAUUAAAAGAAUUGAAAUUAGUAACGGUCCAGAGCUCAAAGAAGCCAGAGAUUUGAUUUUAAAGAUAAGGAGGAGAGAAUUGUAUCAGUAUUGCAAUGAGUUUAUUGUUCCGAAAGACCAGCUUGAGCACUUUAAGGAAAUUACUCCGGAAGAUAUCGUUUGUUCACAGGUGAAUGGUGGGGAGAUCCUGAAAGAAGAGGAUAUAGCUGUGACCAAUGUCAAGAUUGAUCUGACCAAGGGAAAGAAUAACCCACUUCAAAGCAUCAAAUUCUUUCAGGACUAUGAUACUAAUGAGACCUUCAGCAUUGAAGAUGAUAGGAUCAGUCAGCUACUGCCUUCAUGUAAUCUGGACAGGAUAGUGAGGGUGUACUCUAAGAAGCCGGAGCUGGUGGCUAGAGUAUCCGAUGCAUUUGAGAACUUUCAGCAGAAGAUUUACGGGAGAAAAACUCAAGUGCAUGCAACUCCAGAGAAGAAGAGGAAGCGGAUGCUCUGAAAUCUGCAAGCUUUUAGUUCCCCAAGUGUACAUAAC